CCCUCCAUUUCUCUCUCUCUCUCUCUCUGACAAUCCUCAAACACACGCAGACAGAGAAACAGUCACUCUCUAGCUUUCUCUCUCCCUCUCUCUCUCUCUCUCUCAGAGUGAUAUGGCGAGCAACAGAGACAGAGACGAAGCUCUGACAUUCACAAACCCGUCGUCGUCGUCGUCCCCAAUUACAGUCUCGGACCCACAGGACAGCUUCCUCACCGACCCCACUUCGCUCAUCGGCAGCGCCUCCGGGAGCUUCCAGAACGAGGGUUUACUAUCUGCCGACACCACAACCAGCGACGCCGAGUUCGGCUUCUCUCGCUCCGACUUCCGGACGAGCCAACUCGCCGGCACCGUCGAGUUCUACCAGCGUCACGUCUUCCUCUGCUACAAGAACCCCAAGGUCUGGCCCCCCAGAAUCGAGGCCUCCGAGUUCGAUCGGGUGCCGAGGCUGCUCUCCGCCGCUGUGAUGGCCAGGAAGGCUGAUAUGAAAAAAGAGACCCGUUUGACAAUAUGUGAGGGACAUGAUGGAACUGAGACAUCAAAUGGGGAUGUACUAAUCUUUCCAGACAUGAUCAGAUACAGGAGAUUGACACAUUUUGAUGUUGACACAUUUGUUGAGGAAGUGCUUGUGAAGGAUGGUGAAUGGCUUCCUGGAACUCCUGAAACACUAAAAGUUUCAUAUGUUUUUGUAUGUUCUCAUGGAUCCCGGGAUCGCCGUUGUGGAGUUUGUGGACCUGCCCUUAUCAGUAGAUUCAAAGAUGAGAUAGAAUUCUAUGGUCUUCAAAAAAAAGUGUCUGUUAGCCCAUGCUCACACAUUGGGGGCCAUAAGUAUGCAGGAAAUGUUAUCAUAUUUAGAUCAAAUUUCAAUGGAGAAGUCACUGGGCACUGGUAUGGUUAUGUUACUCCAGAGGAUGUACCUGUAUUGCUUGAGCAGCAUGUUGUGAAAGGAGAAAUUGUAGAUUGGCUGUGGAGGGGUCAGAUGGGUUUAUCAGAAGAAGAACAGAAGAAAUCCCAAGAACUAAGGUUCCAGUUGAAUGGCGAGAUAAAUGUUGGGGAAAACACUGAAGAACUGACACGAACACAUAUGAGUGAGACAUACACUGCUGCCUGUAGAUCUCAAGUUGAGGUAAUGGGGUGUUGCCAGGAAAAUGGGAACUCACACUGCUGUCGGAACCCCGUGUUACCGGAAAAGCUCGAUAAUCUAGAUUCCAAUUCGGGUGGUGCAGCAAAGGUGAUGGCCGAAAAGAAGAGCAGCAAGAAACUAAAUUCCAGGGUCAACAGUGGCAAAGGUACACGCAAAGUUUGUACCAUGCCAACAUGGUUUGAGAGCUGGGAACGUGAAGAUACUUAUGCAGCUCUUGCUGUUGUUUGUGCUGCAGCGUCAGUUGCCAUAGCCUAUAGUUGCUACAAACAGUUGAGAUAAAAAUUAAACUUCAAAUUCAACCCAUGUUUUCUUCUUUUCCAUCUGUAUAAGAUAUGGAUGUCACAUCAUGUUGUAAUGCCUCUUCAGGAAUAUCCUUUGAUAUAGAAGGGUAAAGAGUUGGAGAAAAUCAUUAAACAGAUGUGUAUGGUGCUGGAUUUCCCUUGGGGGCACUUAAAACUCUCUUUUUAUCUUGUUUUUUUGUC